AAAAUUUACCACCAAAAAAUUUAUAAAAGGGAAAGAAAGAAAAAGUCUUUGAUUCCCAUUUUGCAUUUUGUAAUCAAUGAAAUGGAACAGCUCGGCACAUUCAUUUGAAAAUCUAUAUACAUACAUUUUAAUAAUAAAAAUAUAUAAACUAGCAAACAGAGAUACCCCACUUCCUGCCAAAAUCUAAUACAGUUGUCUUACAAAUCACAAGAACUCAUUCCUUGUUUCUUUUAUCAUUUUCACAUUCUUAUUGGUGUUUAUAAGGCUUUCGGGUCUCUUUUGUUUUUUUUUUUGUUUUUACUAGGAUAGAAUUCUGCCUGUUUCUUGGUUGCGCACCAGAUGUUUGUUGUAAUGUUGCCGAGAGUUAUCUUCAUGAUUCAAGGUGAGAUUGAUCUGGGCUAAUUAUGUUAUUGCUUUUUAUGUGAUAAAAUUGCAUAUAUACAUAUAAAGUUUGUAACUUUACAAGUGGGGUUUGAUAUAAUGAGUAGCAUUUUGAAAUCAUGGGAAGUUAAGGUUAAAAAGUCACAAGCAACUGCUAAGAAAAGGGCAGUUAGUAUUUUUACAACAAUGUCUGUUGCUCAUGUGGACGAGGAAGUUAAUGAUAGUGACUGUUUCCAUGUUGAAAAGAUUUUUCCGAAUGGGGACAUUUAUAUCGGUCAGUGGGUAGGCGAAAACUGUCCUCAUGGGAUUGGGAAGUAUUUGUGGUCAGAUGGGUGUAUGUAUGUCGGUGAAUGGUGGAAGGGGAAGAUGAAUGGGAAAGGGAAGUUUAGUUGGCCUAGUGGUGCUACUUAUGAGGGUCAGUUCAAGGAUUGUUAUAUGGAUGGUGAAGGGACGUUUACGGGGUCUUUGAAUCAUACGUAUAAGGGAUUUUGGGCUAUGAAUAAGAAACAUGGAAAGGGGAGUAAAAGUUAUGCAAACGGUGAUCAUUAUGAUGGGGAUUGGAAAAAGGGGCUACAUGACGGGCAAGGGAUUUAUCGUUGGAAUAGUGGUCAUGAGUAUAUUGGGCAAUGGAAGAAAGGGAAGAUGAAUGGGAAUGGAACGAUGGUUUGGGCUAAUGGGAAUCAAUAUGAGGGGAAUUGGGAAGUUGGAUUGCCGAAAGGUAAUGGUAAUGAUUGGGAUCCUAAUCAGGUGUUUUCGUAUCAGAUGAGUGAAUGUGUGGUUUAUGAGGCAGAAGCUAUUUCGGUAUUUCCUUCUGAUAAAACGUUCAGUUGGUUGAACGGUGAAGGGAAGCAUCAAAAGCGACCGGUGAGGAAGAAUUCAAAAAAUGAGAAUAAAGGUAGGAGAUAUUCUAUUGAUGGAAGGUUUAGUAAUGGUGAUGCUUUAGGCUCGGAUUGGGCUGCUAAUGGACAUAAUUAUGGGCUGGGAGUUAAUCAACAACAGACAGAGAGACAAGGGGUGGUGAUAUGCAAAGGGCAUAAGAAUUAUGAGCUCAUGCUCAAUCUGCAGCUUGGGAUAAGACAUUGUGUAGGGAGGCCUGCUCCGAAUGAAUCUCUUGAUUUAAAGCCUACAACUUUUGAUACCUAUGAAAAGAUAUGGACCAAGUUCCCCCCUGAGGGAUCCAAACAUACUCCACCUCACCAGUCAUGUGAUUUCAGAUUUAAAGACUAUUGCCCGUUGGUUUUCAGGAAACUUAGGAAUUUGUUUAAUGUGGAUCCAAUUGAGUACAUGCUAUCGAUUUGUGGGAACGAGGCUCUUCGGGAGCUUUCAUCUCCUGGAAAAAGUGGCAGCUUUUUCUACAUGACAAAUGAUGACAAGUACAUGAUAAAGACGGUGAAAAAGGCAGAAGUGAAAGUACUAAAAAGGAUGCUUCCAGCAUAUUUCCAGCAUGUGAAGUCCUCUGAAAACACCCUCGUGGCCAGAUUUUUUGGAUUGCACUGUGUGAAGAUGAAUGGACCUUCACAAAAGAAGGUGCGAUUCGUUAUUAUGGGAAAUUUAUUCUGUACCGAGGUACCCAUCAGUAGGCGGUUUGACUUAAAAGGAUCCUCUCAUGGUCGAAUAACAGAUAAACCCGGAUCUGAAAUUGAUUCAAAUACCACCCUUAAAGACCUUGAUCUCAAUUUUAUUUUCCGGUUGCAGAAAGAUUGGUUUCAAGAGUUCUGUAGGCAGGUCAACAGGGACUGUGAUUUUCUUGAAAGGGAAAGAAUUAUGGAUUACAGUCUAUUAGUGGGUAUAAGCGUUCAGGAAUGUAGUCAGGAGCUAUCAGCUGAUGAAGGCUGUUUAUCUGGAUCUCCCAGAGGGAACACUGAGGCGGAUAGCAGCGGGACAACUCAUCGAGGGUCUUCAGCAGAUACAGAUACAGAUACUUUUCUCAAUGCUACAAGGUGGACACCCAUAAGGCUUGGGAAUAACAUGCCAGCUCGGGUUGAACUCACUGUUAGAAGUCAUGAGACUCAACUAGUUGGCGAACCAACAGGGGAAUUCUAUGAAGUCGUCCUUUUCUUUGGUAUAAUUGACAUAUUACAAGAUUAUGACAUCAGUAAGAAGCUUGAGCAUGCCUAUAAAUCAUUCCAAUUUGACCCAACAUCCAUUUCUGCCGUGGACCCCGUACAGUACUCAAAACGCUUUCGGGAUUUUAUUUUCAGUGUUUUUAAAGAAGACAAUCAAAGGUUACCAGACUAGGCUCAAGUUUUUUCAGUGAGCCUCAAAUGUACAGCCCCAUUCAGCAGGGAUUUGACCAUCGAUCAUUUUUGCCCAGGUGUUGGGUUCAAAGGUUGUUGAAUUUAUACAUACUAGGGUUUUCGGACCGAUUUUGGUUCAUAUUUAAAAUGGUUUUAGUUGUAAAUCAGGGUUAGCGGUUAGAAGCUAUUGAAGUUGUAGAGGGGAUUAUAUACGUGAAAUUGAUGAAUGAGUUCGAAAUGUAUCGAAUUUUGUAGCGGUGUUUUUGAUCACUGAAAGGUUGACUGAUCUUACUGGCU